AUGAGCCGCCUCGACGACCCGCGCUCCCAAUUCAACAUCAACGCGGGCGAGCCGCUCCUCGACGACUACAGCGUGCGCGAGUCGGAGCAGCAGCCCGAAGGCCGGGCGACGUUCUUCUCCUCCGUUGCCAACCUUUCCAACGCCAUCCUCGGCGCGGGCCUCCUCGCGCUGCCCUAUGGCUUCGCGGCCGCGGGAUGGGUCGUCACCAUCGCGCUGCUCGUCGUCGCCGGAGCGGCGUCCGCCUUCACGAUGCACCUGCUGACGCUCGUGAGCCGCGAAGUCGACGGGCCCGCGACGUUCUUCGCCCUGGCGAAGAAGGCGCUGCCGCCGCGGUCCGUGGGGCUCAUCGACGUGAGCGUCGUCAUCAUGUGCUUCGGCCUGGCGUGCAGCUACGUGAUCGUCUUCAGUACGCUGUUCCCCUCGGCCAUCGAGCGCAUCGUCGGCCACGAGACGAUCCUCAAAGCCCACCCCGUGGACCUGCUCUCGCGCCAGCUCUGGGUGGGCGUGGGCGUGCUGACCGUGGCGCCCCUCGCGUUCCAGGAAAGCUUCGAAAAUUUGCAGUUCACGUCGGCGCUCGGCGUGAUCUUCGUCGCCUACGGCAGCGCCAUGGUCCUCGUCUACUGGGCGGGCCUCUGGGGCGCGGCGUCGUGCGGCGACGACGACGAGCUCGACUGCGCGCGGCCGAAGCGGCUCCACAAGGUCGAGCUCGACCGGGGCUUCGGCCCGCUGACGGCGCUCAGCAUCGUCAUCUUCGCGUUCACGGCGCACGCGCAAGUGCUGGGCAUCGCGAACGAGCUCAAGGGCUACACGCAGCGAAAGAUGGACGCCGUCGCGACGUGUUCCAUCGGCGUCUGCGGCGCGCUCUACGUCGCCGUGGGCAUGGCCGGCUACGCGACCUUCGGCGCGGACGUGUCGAGCGAUCUGCUGGAAUCUUACCCGGGCUCCGAGGAGGCCGUCGUCGUGUCGCGGCUCGGGUUCUCCGCGCUUGUGAGCUUCUCGUAUCCCCUCAUGUGCAAGCCCGCGCGCGACUCGUUCCUGUCGUUGGUCGAGCACGGCUCCUUCGGCGUGGAGGCCGGCGCGAGGCUGAGCGACGCGGCGACGGGGCCGCCGCUGCGGCGGAGGUACGUCGCGGGCUUCACGCUGUCGUUCCUCGCGGGCACGUGGCUCGUCGCCGCCGUCGUCCGCGACCUGGGGGUCAUCCUGGGCCUCAUCGGCGCGACGUGCUCGACCUUCGUCGCCUUCAUCAUCCCGCCGCUCGUCUUCGUCAAGACGCACCCGGAGCCGAGCGCGAAGAAGAGCGCCGCGACGGCCGUGCUCGUCUCCGGCGUGCUGCUCAUGCCGACGAUGGUCGCGGCGACGUUCGUCGGCGCCUAG